GUUUGCUAUGCGUGUGCUGCGUGUCGUGUGUUGCUGUGCAGCGCGUCAGCUCUGGGUGUUGCAAGGUUUUGCACCCGCCAACGCGAAAGCAAUGCCGACGAACGUCGCAGGCGUCCUCAGGUGACGCGAACGAGCCCACGCAGGGCUGAUUGAGCGGUGGCGUGCUAGUUGCGCCUAGCCAGAGCAGGCUGAGGCUGCAGCUGGCAAGCCUGAGCGAGGCAGCAGUCUUGGCGCACUCGUCGCACCAACCAACGCGCUGCACACGCGAAAACUGCUGCGUGUGUCGCCGACGACGCUCUGCAGGCUCGUGCCGGCUCCCGCGCGCCGCCGGCGCGGAGCUGAACACAGUCUUGGACGCAGUGCUGCUGCAGCAAGGCAGGGCUCCCGCGGACGGCACCAAGGCUAGAAAAAAUGAGCGGCCUCGUCGCCGCGCGACCGCGCCCGCCCCAGCGAAACCAGAAGAAGGCACCAGUCGCACAACGCGCGAGCGACGAAGACAUCGCCGCCGUCCUCGCCAACGUAGCAAAACUCUGCGGCCCGGCGACGACGCUGCCGCAGCGUUAUAGAGAAGCCUACGGCGUGGCGCUGGACGCGCGCGCCCUGGGCUUCGGCAAGCUCGGGGCCCUCUUGAGUCUCGGCGAGCGCCGCGGCCUCUUCGCCGUCGAGCGCACGGAGCGACGAGAGGACGGCACGUCCGGCUCGUGGUGCCUCCGGCCCGUCGGCGCGGAAAUUACUGAAAACGCAUCCGACGGCGGCUCCGUCGGUUUAUUAGGAUUCUACCACUACGCGCGGCCGCCCUGGACCGAGCCUGCGCGCGACGCGACCGCGGCGUGGCUCCGCGCGCUCUGUGCGCAGCAUGGUCUGGGCGGCCGCGUGCGCGUGGCCACGGAGGGCGUGAACGCGACCGUAUCUGGUUCUACCAGUGAAUUGGACGCGUUCCAGGCGACGCUCUCCACCACUGAAGGGUGGCAUAGCGUCCUCUUCAAGCGCGAGCCCUGCACGUCUCACCAAUUGUGGCCCGCGCUGUCGUGCUGGACCGCCGACGAGUUGUGUGGUUUUGGCGCGGACGAAUCGACGCGGGAAAGAUUGGACGCCGUCGGGCCCGGUAUUUUGUUGGAGCCGCGCGCGUUCCGGGCGCGCAUGAUGGAGAAGGACGCCGUUUUAGUAGAUGUGCGCAACGCCUACGAAACGACCAUCGGCGCCUUCCCCGGCGCGCUCGACCCCAAGACGCGGACCUUCGCGGAUUUUCAACAAUGGUUGGAGAAAGACGAGACGCAAAUCGCUUUAAAAGAUAAGGACGUCCUCAUGUACUGCACGGGCGGCGUUCGGUGUGAAAGAGCAUCGGCGGCGUUACGGGCGGCCAUGCCCGAGCAAAAAGAACGGGUCUUCCAUCUGCAGGGCGGCAUCGUUUCGUACAUGGACGAGGGACUGGAGGGCUUCGCGGGCGCGAACUACGUGUUUGAUCGGCGGAACCGCCACGGCGCGGCGCCGCGCGGGUCGGAUCAAGUUCUUGGGAAGUGCCUGGCGUGCCGCAAGCCGUGGGACGUGUACCGCGGGUCGGCGACGUGUGCGAAAUGCAAGGUGCGCGUGCUGCUCUGCGACGCUUGUUUGUCUUCCCGUGAUCAUGAAGCGCUCGUCUGCGAUUUAUGCUCUUGACGGUAUGCCUCAGCGUCUCUCACCGAUCGUCGGCGUUCGUUUUCUAGAGUCGCGGCCCGGUGCCACCCCCAUGCCCGAGGCACGCGCUACUCGGCGCCCAGAGGAACGACGAGCGGUCCGACUUGUGUGUGGAUGCCCCCCCGCGCCGGCCGGGCCGAGACUGACGACAUACGCGCUCCGCGCAGGUCCUCGAUCUUUCUUUUGUUUGUGGGUAACUGUCUGUUUUUCUCCAGUAGCUGCUCGCACGG